AUGGAAUGCCUGAGAAACAAGUUUCACAAUGGCGUUUUGCUCGACGGGAGAUUUCAAACCAUCUCUCCUCUUAAUCAUGGAUCUUUUGGCAUGGUCUUCAUGGCAAGGGACUUGCAAACCAAUGAGCUCGUUGCGAUCAAGUGCUUAACUAAGAAGGCAGCUGCCGACGGAGCCGGGAUCGAAUUUGCGGUCGAUGAGAACUCCGAGGAGCUACUUUCUCAUCGCUUACUAGGUGCCCAUCCCAACAUCGUUAACUUAAUCCACUCGUUCGAGACCGACUCCCACGUGUACCUUGUCCUCGAAUACUGCUCGCGUGGUGAUCUCUACGAAGCCAUUCGCACUGGACUUGGCCCCCUGGAGACGGAACACGUCCGCCAGUUCAUGAUCGAACUGGUGGACGCCGUUGCGUACAUGCACUCGAAAGGGAUUUACCACCGAGACAUCAAACCCGAGAACAUCUUUCUUACCGAGUCGGGUUCGAUGAAGCUUGGCGAUUUUGGCUUGGCUACCACGGACCGAUGGAGCUACGAGAAUACGGUCGGGAGUGACAGAUACAUGUCGCCUGAGCAAUACGAUUCGGCCGGGGCUGGAUACUCGCCGGCCCAGGCUGACAUCUGGGCGAUCGGUAUCUGCCUCCUAAACAUUCUCUUUUCUCGAAACCCCUUCACUACUCCAACCGAGGCUGAUCCCUUGUUUCUGGAUUUCUCGCGUGACAAGCAAUCUCUUUUUGAUGUCUUCCCUACCAUGUCCCAGGAUACGUACGAAGUCAUCGUCCAGUGCAUGAAUCUAGAUCCUAAGAAGCGGUCCCUGGUGGGUGCUAAGAGCGCCCUCCGCCGCGUUGUCAGCUUCACUACCCUCGAGGAGGCCCUGGAUGACUUCUGCACCACUGAGCGUUCGACUGUCGCCACUGCCAACCGCGAGCCGCUCCGGACGCCAUCGAUCCAGAGCCCCCAGCUGGACCAAGGCGCCUUCCCGUGGGCCAAGGCCCUACACGCAACCCAGCCUCAGAAUAUCCGUCAACUCAGUGCUAUCCCCGACGACGAGAGCUACACGGAGGAUCUGUUCUCCAAGUCUGCGGAUACUACGGACUGGAUGUCUGGUUCUGCUCUAACGCCUUCGAUCUCGUCUGUCCUGACUUCCAAUCUCGCGGUAUCCAUGAACUCGCUCAACGCAUCGCGACCUAUGGAUAUGCCCGCCCGCACUGUUGCUAGGGCGUCCCCGAUGACUGGCUCAUUGCCCAUUACCAUGUCGAGGCCUAGGCCUACUCUUAGUGCCAUGUCGAUGGUGUUUGGUCGCCAGAAGGAUGCCGUGUCUAAGAGCUGGAGCGACAUGUGGGACGAGGAUGUAGAGGAGGACGAAGAGGAGCGCGCCCGUCAACUACAAGCGCUCAAGGAGCUUAACUCUAGGACCUGGAGUCAGGAGAGCAAGGAGGCUACUAGGACUCCACGGCAGGAUCAGGUAUCCUUGCACCAGGCGCCAGCGUCUGAUAAUGAGAAGCCAGAGGCUUCGCCUGUGAACGAUACCAUUUCAAAUGACAUUGAUGGGGACCUAGUUGCGGAUGGAUUUUUCUUUCACGAGCCUGUUGCUGUUGUACAGCCUGAGCAUUUUCCUGGUCGGUACUCGCCUCCGUCGAAGCGUAGCGGCGUCGACAAGUGGGCGGUCCUAGGGGAACGUCGCCGGGCAUACGCAGGAGCACCGGAGCCUAAGUCGCCGGAUUUUUCAACGAAAUCCCGACGCCAGUUCGGUAUCGGAUUUAAUACUUUACCAGGAGGAGGAAUAGGAAUUUGGGACCAAGUCAAUCAGCAAAACCACAAAUGGAAUCGUGAUCAUCGCUCGGCAUCACGCGAAUGCCCAUGGAACAAGGGUCGAGACUGGAACUGGCGUAAGGAGAGACGCCACGAUUUCGGUGACGUCGAGUGGGUUGGCCACUGGCAGGAGGCUCAUUAG